AUGGAAAAGCGCAGCAAUAAGAGAAAAUUGGAUUAAAUCUCAAACUAAGAAGAAGAGAAGGGGACAGUCCCAGUAAAGCAAGAAAACAGUAAAAAAGUUAAGAAAAAUCCAGAGGAAUCUUAAUAAACUCCCAAAACUGAGGAACCCUCUAAUAAUAAAAUGUAAAGAAUUAUAUUGUGGUUCCGUAAUGAUCUGAGGCUGCAUGAUAAUGCAAUCUUGAACUAUGCAGUCACUAAGGUGGCUAAGAAUAAACAAAUCAUUCCUGUCUUUUGCUUCGAUCCUAGAUUUUAUGGCCGCAAAGUCCAGAAAUAUGAUACUCUCAAGACUGGAUUAGUGCGAUAGAGAUUUAUGAUCGAGACAGUAUAGAAUUUUAGGGAGCGAUUAGAGAAAGUUGGCAGUAAACUUCUUGUUAGCAUGGAUAAGCCAGAAAUAUUCCUCCCCACUCUUAUUGAUAAAUCUUGUGAUAACACUAUUGUCUAUCAAGAUGAGAUUUGCAGCGAGGAGCUCACAGUUGAAAAACUCGUCAAGGAAAAAUGCAAGAAAGCUGAGAUCAAAAGCUUUUGGGGAUCAUCAUGCUACCACCUUGACGAUUUAGGUUUCCAUCCAAACGACCUUCCUCAUAUCUAUGGAAAAUUCAGAGAAAAGACAGAGGGAGUGAAGGUUAGGCCUCUAUUCGGGUAACCAAAGCAAGAUCAGCUUCCAUUCAUUGAAAAACCUUCCAAAGAUAUCCUAGAAGCAGCAGAAUUUAUGCCAACUCUAAAGGAUUUCGGCUUCUCAAAAGAGGAAGUUGAAAAGCCUAGAGAUAAAAGAGCUUGCUAUGAGUUUAUAGGAGGUGAAGAGCAGGCUACUAAGAGGUUAACUGAAUACAUCUUUGAGACUAAAUCUGUUGGCAAUUACGCUUUAGUCCGUAACAACCUCAUCGGUGCCAAUUAUUCUUCAAAAUUAAGUCCAUGGCUUGCUUGUGGCGCACUUUCUCCAAGAUACAUUUAUUUCUAGGUGAAGGAGUUUGAGAAAAAACACAGAACCAAUGAAUCAACUAAGGUAUUCUUGGAUGAGUUGUUUUGGAGAGAUUUUUACAGGUUUUGGUGCAUGAAAUAUGGCAGCAAGGUAUUUUCUAGUUAUGGAAUAUAUAACAGGGAGUAUUAUGACUGGACUACUGAUAAAGAGACAGUUAAAAAGUGGAAAGAAGGCAAUACUGGAAUGCCAAUAAUCGAUGCAUUGAUGAGAGAAAUGAAUGUUACUGGGUUUAUGCCAAAUAGAGGAAGAAUGAUCGUGGCUUGCUAUCUAACAAUGGAUUUAAAGCAAGAUUGGCGUGAAGGGGCCUAUCAUUUUGAAGAAAAGUUAAUUGAUCAUGAUGUUCAAAGCAACUAUGGCGGCUGGAAUUUCUCAGCUGGUAUAGGCCCAGGUAGAGUUCUUGUGUUUAACUCAGUUAAGCAAUCAAAAGAUCAUGACAAGAACGGUGACUAUAUUAAGAUGUGGGUACCAGAGCUUAAAAAGGUCCCAGUUGAAUAUAUUCAUGAGCCCUGGACAAUGCCAAAGGAUUUGCAGAAGGGUUGCAAGACAGUAAUUGGAGAGGACUAUCCCUAUCCAAUCAAUUGCAGCAAAUACACAAACAAAGUAGCACAUACAAUCGAAAAGUAAGCUAAGAAAUCAAAAAGGGCUGAAGAAAAACUUAAGUAGACUAAAUUGACUAAAUGA